GGAUAACCAUGAAUCAGAUGUCGCCUCCCUAAACCUGCCAUCUAAGAUGAUUCCCAGUCAAAUUUAGCACCACCUUUUUUUUCGCCCGUUGAAACCCCUCGACAGGCACAGCAUCUGUACUCCGGGACUCUGUCUUGCAUGUGCACUCGCUCUGUGAGCCCAAAUCUAGACUGCCCCUUACACACGCACAACUUGCACACAAGAGUUCCACCUCGAGGCCUUGCGUGUCGGGUCUCUGUCCACCACUUCAUUCUGGACCCCGUCCAAUCGACAAGACUUACACAGUAGACAGCAGUCAACCAGCAGGGGUUACAGAGACGACACAGCACAGCUUGCGCGUCACCGGCACUGAAACGUGCGCCGCUUCGGUGUGCCCAUUGGAAAUUGCUCCACCAGCGAUCCCCCCAGAAUACCGUGUACGCUCCCAACUUUAAAUCUGGCCGGCGGCAGCGCCCCCAGCUCCCGACUCUGGCUGGCGAGUCGUGUGCCCGAUCCAUGUAACUGACCAGGGGUGGAAACUCUCGCUCGCUCGCUCGCUCGCCCGCCAUUGCGCCCGCCAGCAUCUAAGUUCGCCGAUCUGGCUUCCGGCACUCCUCACACGCAACAUGUCGCUCAAGCAGGCUUAUGAUGCGGACGAGGUGGACUGCGGCGAGCUCUGGGACAAGAUGAAAAGGGUCGCGUUCAAGCUCUGGUCGAGGACGACGAGGCGCGUCCGCUUCGUCUUCGCCCUCGUCUCUUUCCUUGUCAUCACCACUGUCAUCUCGAGGCAUCUCAUGCAGAAUGCCGUCCUCGACGACUACAUCAUCGUGCCCAAGGUCUCGCUCGAGUAUGCCUCGGAGCAGCGGACGCCCUUCAACGAGUCCAAGGUCGCCCUUCUCAUCGAGAACCGCGUCAACCCCAUCCUGGCGCCCCUCAUGCUGCACUUCAUCUCCGUCGUGCCCCCGGACUGGCGCUUCCGCUUCAUGGGGUCCCUAGAGUCCGUCGAGCACCUGAACAAGUCCGUCGCCAUCCGCGAGCAGGUCAGCAUCGGGAAGCUCGACCUGACCUACAUCCCCUCCAACAUGUCCGUGUCGUCCCAGGAGGAGAUCUCCCGCUUCCUCACCAGCCUGUGGCUGUACGAGACCGUCCUGGCCCCGGCCGAGUGGCUGCUCAUCUUCCAGACCGACUCCAUCCUCUGCGCCAACUCCCAGCUCAACCUCAACGACUUCCUCGACUACGACUGGAUCGGCGCCCCCUGGAACCCGGGCUCCCGCUUCGGCGGCAACGGCGGCCUGUCCGUCCGCCGCGUGAGCGCCAUCGUCGACGUCCUCCGCUCCCAGGCCCGCGCAGACUUCUCCGAGGCCGAGGACGUCUGGCUGACCGAGCGCCUGGGCCACCGCCCCGACGCCCGCAUGGCCAACUCGACCGUCUCGCUCACCUUCAGCGGCGAGAUGCACACGGGGCGCCCCACCCACCUGUCCUCGGACAAGGAGACGGCCCACUACAACUCGACCCUCGAGGCCGCCGAGGCCGGCGAGCUGGUCAAGGGCAUCGACGACUGGCGCGAGGGCUUCUACGAGCCCAUGGGCUACCACACCGGCGGCGGCGGCUCCUACCUGCACAGCCAGAUCUGGGGCAGCCCCCGCCUCCGCAAGCACAUCUGGGACUACUGCCCCGAGGUCAAGAUGACCAUCGCCAUGGACGCCGCAAAGUACGUCCCCGGGAACUGCGGCGCCUACUGGAAGCGCGACGUCCUCGGCGGCGGCUACUCCAUGGACGCCGGCGGCUCCCUGAGCGCCGACCUGGGCUACGGCACCGAGGUCAUCGACGGGGAGGAGUACCCGCUCCUUCCCGACAGCCUGGCUCCUUUUUGAGCAUUUUGUUUUCUUGUUUUUUUUUUCUCUUUCUUCACGUAUAUCUGUUUAUCAUGCACGACGACUGGGUGUCACAUGUUUGGACUCGGGUGUCAUGGUGUUGGAAUGUGGCGUUGCUUCUAGGGUUCAUGUUAGGGACAUGCAGAAGACGGUGCGAUGAUAUAGACAAAGAAAGUUUGUCCUGGGAAGUUUGGUUGGGUUGGCUUGAUAUCCCCUGGGAAAGCAUGCGAAAAACGUCUGUGGUAGUGGGCGUUUGUAUCUCGAGACUGGACGGCAUGUAGGCAAAAGAUUGGUUGGUACAAUCCAUUCACCUGCAUAAUUC